AUGCCUCGACUUCCAAUUAUUGUGGACGGCGAUUGCAAUUCACGAUUCGAUAGAGUUAAACAAGUUUUCCACAAUAAUUUUACACAGCGAUGGGAAAGUGAGGGUGCAGCAUUUGCGGUAUAUUUCAAAGGCGAAAAAGUGAUUGACCUGUGGGGUGGAUAUGCAGAUUCAACAUCACAUCGAAAGUGGAAGAAUGACACAAUGACACUUUUGUUCAGUUGCACUAAGAGUAUAUGUGCGAUAUGUUUCUCGAUGUUAGUUGACCGUGGCCUGGUUGCCUACAAAGAUUUGGUUACGAAAUAUUGGCCUGAAUUUGGACAAAAUGAUAAGGAAAACAUUACUAUUGAAAUGUUACUUUCACAUCAGAGUGGACUAGCUUAUGUGGAUAAUGUGAUCGAGGAAUCAGAUAUCAGAGAUUGGAGACGGAUGUCGAAAAUUUUUGAAGAUCAAAAGCCAAACUGGACACCAGGACAAGAAGUGGGUUAUCACGUUAUGACAUUUGGUUGGUUGGUUGAUCAAUUGGUGCGGAGGAUUGAUCCUGCGAAACGUUCAUUGUCACAAUUUUUCAAGGAAGAAAUAGUUGAACCACACGAUCUUGAUCUGAUUAUUGGUGCUCCUGUGGAAUUAGAACAUAGGAUAGCACGUCUAGCUUCGGGAUCAAAAUUCUUAGCUGCUCGAGAGGUGAUUGAAUAUCCAACUCUACUAAGAAUGUUUUGGAAUGGUUUGUUCACGCCGAUCAAUUUGGGAAAUCGAAUGUUACGUAAUGUACAACAAAAUUUUUCUUGGAUGGGAAGUGUG